AUGGCGACGGAGUGCACGACGUCGACGAGCACGACGGCGACGGUGGAGGGGCGGCACAGGUUCCGCGUCGCCGGGUACGGCGCCACCAAGGGCGCCGCGCCCGGCCACCGCGUGGCGUCGGGGACCUUCACCGUCGGCGGGUUCGACUGGGCCGUCGUGUUCUACCCGGAGGGCGUCACGGCCGCCGACAUGGACUUCGUCUCGGCGUUCCCGGCGUGGGGGCACCUGAGGUUCAUGCGGCGGCGCGAGCUGGAGGAGAUGGGGUUCGUCCGCGACGACCGCCUCACCAUCGAGUGCGUCGUCAACGUCGUCCUGGACCCCGUCGUCACCGCCGGCGACGCGCCGGAGCUCGACCAUCCGCCGUCGAACAUCCUCGGCCACCUCGCCGGGCUCCUCGGCGACAAGGGCACCGCCGACGUGACGCUCGUCGUGCGGGGCGAGGAGUUCGCCGCGCACCGGGCGGUGCUCGCCAUGCGUUCGCCGGUGUUCAAGGCGGCGCUCUACGGGCCAAUGAAGGAGUCCACGGACGCGAACGCCGGCCGCGUCGCCAUCGACAGCGUCGAGCCGGCGGUGUUCCGGGCUCUCCUCCACUUCAUCUACACCGACACGACCGCCGCCAUGGACGACCUCGACGACGACGACGACGACAAGGCGCAGAUGAUCAUGCACCUUCUCGAGGCCGCCGACCGGUACGACGUCGAGAGGCUGAAGCUGAUCUGCGAGCUCAUGCUCUGCAAGAGCAUCGCCGUGGACACCGUCGCGGCGACGCUGGCAAUGGCGGAUCAGCACCAUUGCCAGAAGCUCAAGGAGGCGUGCAUCGAGUUCUUGGCCACCUCCAAGAAGAUGGAAGGCGUCAUGGAAAGCCAAGGGUACGAGAAGAUGAAGCUAUCUUGCCCUUCUUUCAUGGUGGAUUUGUGGGAGAUAAUAGGCAGGAAGAUGACCUCUUAUUCUGUUAUUCCCAAUAUCUAUGCAAGAGACAAGGACUAA